AUGGUUAUGACUGAUGGUUUUAAUAUGCCUGUUCCUCAAUUAUUGUUACUGACUGGAGAUCUUAAAAUACAACGAACGCAUCGAGUUCUUUUGAUUAUACUUGGCAUUUUACUUGCUCCUUCUCUAGUCAGUACAAUAACUGUAAUUUAUGGAAAUCGAAUUGGAGAUGGUAUAAAAGAGACUCAUGGUGGUAUGCAAUUUGGUCAAUCUCUUAUUUCAGUUCUUUUCUACGGAUUUGGAAUAUUCGUUGCUUAUCGAUAUUAUGAAACUGGAUUACGAAUGGUAUGUUUUAUCUCUUAG